UACAAAUAUAGAGACAACUACUUUAUUCAUAGUUUCAUACUUGUGCCCCCAAAAGCAAACUGAAAUCACUAAUACUAUAACUUUUACCCAAUUUCAACUACCACUAUCAGUACCUACUACUUCCUACUACUACUUUGAUGGAUAUGUCAAAUAUCUGGCUACCGGAGUUGCCGGAAUCAUCGUCGGUUUCUGACUGUGGCAGCACCGGCCGUGCCAAUUGUUCCGACGAGGAGGUUAUGUUGGCUUCCUGUCAUCCCAAGAAGCGAGCUGGGCGGAAGAAGUUCAGGGAGACUCGGCACCCAGUGUACCGGGGAGUGAGGCGGAGGAACGGCGGGAAAUGGGUGUGUGAGGUUCGGGAGCCGAACAAGAAGUCGAGAACAUGGCUGGGGACGUUCCCGACGGCGGAGGCCCAUGACGUGGCGGCGCUAGCGUUAAGAGGCCGAUCAGCUUGUCUCAAUUUUGCUGACUCAGGGUGGCGGCUGCCCGUUCCAGCAUCGGCCGAUGCCAAGGACAUCCAGAAGGCUGCAGCCGAGGCGGCAGAAUCUUUCCGGCGGUCGGAAGAUCAAACCAACGAGGUUUCCGGUAAUGAUAUGAAGCCAGAAGAAACGACGACAUUGCCGGAGAAAUUGUUCUUCAUGGAUGACGAGGCGGUUUUCGGCAUGCCGGGAUUGCUUGAAAAUAUGGCCGAGGGGUUGAUGCUACCUCCACCUCACUCUGGAGGAUAUGGGCAGAAUGAGAAUGACAUGGAAGCUGAUGCUGACGUGUACUUAUGGAGCUUUUCAAUUUAAUUUAAUUUCACUAAUUUGUUAUAGUGUAUUGUGGCUUGUUAGAAAUUUUAAUUAGUACUUUAUUUUUAACUAAUACGGAUUGGCAAUUGGAAUAUUACAGUAGAAAUUGUUAUUGCCCAAAAAAUAGUUGGAAUAAAUUAAUAGGUAGGAACCGAACUGAAGCGAACAUUCGGUUCGGUUUGAUUCUCCUUGAUUUGGUUUCGAUUUUAUUUUCAAAAAUAAAGAAUGAUAGUAACGGUUCCAACUUUAGGUCCAUUAGGAAUAGACUGAGAUGUAAACUAAAUAUAUAUAUAUAUAAAUGUUGUAUGCAUUCGAGAUUAUAUUUUA